AUGGCAUCAGUGACCAGCGCCAUCAUUCAACCCUUCCUCCCGCCGCAGGCACCAGCAGCAGCACUGAAUACCUGCUCAUUAUCCCGUCGAGACACCCCAGACGUCAGCACUUGGAGUCGCUUGGCUCUUAUUGUUGUCAUUGUUGUGUUAGUGACUCUUAUUGAUGUCAUUGUUGUGUUAGUGGCUCUUAUUGUUGUCAUUGUUGUGUUAGUGGCUCUUAUUGUUGUCAUUGUUGUGUUAGUGGCUCUUAUUGAUGUCAUUGUUGUGUUAGUGGUUCUUAUUGAUGUCAUUGUUGUGUUAGUGGCUCUUAUUGAUGUCAUUGUUGUGUUAGUGGCUCUUAUUGUUGUGUUAGUGGCUCUUAUUGUUGUCAUUGUUGUGUUAGUGGCUCUUAUUGUUGUGUUAGUGGCUCUUAUUGUUGUGUUAGUGGCUCUUAUUGUUGUGUUAGUGGCUCUUAUUGUUGUGUUAGUGACUCUUAUUGUUGUGUUAGUGGCUCUUAUUGUUGUGUUAGUGGCUCUUAUUGAUGUGUUAGUGGCUCUUAUUGUUGUGUUAGUGGCUCUUAUUGUUGUGUUAGUGGCUCUUAUUGUUGUGUUAGUGGCUCUUAUUGUUGUGUUAGUGGCUCUUAUUGAUGUCAUUGUUGUGUUAGUGGCUCUUAUUGAUGUCAUUGUUGUGUUAGUGGCUCUUAUUGAUGUCAAUGUUGUGUUAGUGGCUCUUAUUGUUGUCAUUGUUGUGUUAGUGGCUCUUAUUGUUGUCAUUGUUGUGUUAGUGGCUCUUAUUGAUGUCAUUGUUGUGUUAGUGGCUCUUAUUGAUGUCAUUGUUGUGUUAGUGGCUCUUAUUGUUGUGUUAGUGGCACUUAUUGUUGUCAUUGUUGUGUUAGUGACUCUUAUUGAUGUCAUUGUUGUGUUAGUGGCUCUUAUUGUUGUGUUAGUGGCUCUUAUUGUUGUCAUUGUUGUGUUAGUGGCUCUUAUUGAUGUCAUUGUUGUGUUAGUGGCUCUUAUUGAUGUCAUUGUUGUGUUAGUGGCUCUUAUUGUUGUGUUAGUGGCUCUUAUUGUUGUCAUUGUUGUGUUAGUGACUCUUAUUGAUGUCAUUGUUGUGUUAGUGGCUCUUAUUGUUGUGUUAGUGGCUCUUAUUGUUGUCAUUGUUGUGUUAGUGGCUCUUAUUGAUGUCAUUGUUGUGUUAGUGGCUCUUAUUGAUGUCAUUGUUGUGUUAGUGGCUCUUAUUGAUGUCAUUGUUGUGUUAGUGGCUCUUAUUGAUGUCAUUGUUGUGUUAGUGGCUCUUAUUGAUGUCAUUGUUGUGUUAGUGGCUCUUAUUGUUGUCAUUGUUGUGUUAGUGACUCUUAUUGAUGUCAUUGUUGUGUUAGUGGCUCUUAUUGUUGUGUUAGUGGCUCUUAUUGUUGUCAUUGUUGUGUUAGUGGCUCUUAUUGUUGUCAUUGUUGUGUUAGUGGCUCUUAUUGAUGUCAUUGUUGUGUUAGUGGCUCUUAUUGAUGUCAUUGUUGUGUUAGUAGUUCUUGUUGUCAUUGUUGUGGUAGUAGUUUUUGUUCUUGUCAUUGUUGUGUUGUCGUUUUCAUCAUUGAUGAGUUAG